UGUUUGUUGUUGACAUAUAAGUAACAUGUGUGCCAAGUUUCAUGUUAAUAUCUUUAGCUGCUUGGAAGUUUUUGAGGAACAUACAUACAUACAUACAUACACGUUGAGUUUUAUAUAUAUAGAUUGAAAGGUUCAGACUCCAAGUCAAAUGUUGCUUACCAUCGUUCUCUAUGGGCAUUCCAUUGUGUCAUUCACCCUUGUUAUUCCAUAGAAACCAAUGGUAAUCCCACCUAAUUAUAAAGUAUGUCUGCUAAAGAUGUAUUAGAUAUCUCAAAGUGUUUUGUCUCUAAUUUAAAUAUGACAUUUCUAUUAUUCUCUAUGGGCAUUCCAUUCUGUCAUUCUUUUAGUAUGUCCCCCACAUACAGAUAAGGACACAUGUGCUGUUUUUAUGUAAAGCAUUAACCAUCCCCGUACAGUUCUUCUCCACUAUAGACCCAGCAGUUCUGCCAUCACGUGAUAACCAGAGCCAAUAGACGCAGCGGUUCCGCCACUGCCUGUAAUCUGUACACGGCGCUAUUUACACCACAGAACAGAGGCGCCUUAUUUAACACCGGACCUGCUCCUGCCGAAUUACAGCCGUGUAACGUGCCGCGCCCUCCAGAUGUGCGGGAUCCCCCGUGUUACCGUCCGCUGAGAUACAUCCACCACACAGCGCCGCUGUUGAGACGUUGAUGUGAUUGGACGAUAGAAGGUCACAUGACGAGCCAGGCAAGUUUACCGGGACGAUAAUAUACCGUAAUUAUUUCCGGUACAGUGGUCGAGUACACUCCCCUCAGCAAUAUGCUGCACUGGUUCACUCGCCCCGCUGACGUUUGUGCAUCACAACUGGUCGCAAUAAAGUUGAGUGAAAACGUCACCCGUUGCUAGGACGCAGGGUAGAGGACGCCUCUGUACGGAAGAUGAGUGGGCGGCAGUCCGAGCAGCCAAUCAGAAACCUGCGAGGGCUUAGUGACGUCACCGCCCGGGAAGCAGUUGUACGGACGGUGGAGGUGUACGGAGAGCAGAAGCCGGCGACGACAGCGCUCCCCGACACCGGCCCGGACUUAAUUUCCUUGUGAUAGAUGUUUUGCGUAAAAAGCCAUGGAGUUAGGAAAGGGUAAACUCCUGAGAAGCGGCCUCAAUGCCCUGUACCAGGCCAUACAUCCAGUGCACGGCUUGGCCUGGACAGAUGGGAAACAAGUGAUUUUAACAGCUUUGCACCUUCAUAAUGAAGACCCCAAGUUUGGCAACUCUGUAGUGAUCGGGCAAUUUGAACAUGUUCAUGGCCUUUACUGGGGCCCGGCUCAUGCCAAUGACAUACCUGCUCUUCUGGCCGUUCAGCACAAAAAACACGUCACCGUCUGGCAGCUGUAUUACAAUAAUUCAGAGAAGAACAAGUUAGUUGUUUCUCAGACCUGUGAAGUCGGAGACCCCCUGCCUGUUCUCCCGCAGGGCUGCGUAUGGCAUCCAAGCAAAGACAUCUUGGUUAUUUUAACCAAACGGGAUGUGUCGGUCUUGUAUUCUGUUCGUUCAGACAAUGCCAGUGUUAAGGCUGACAUUAAAAGCACUGGGGUAGUCCAUUGUGCUUGCUGGACUAAAGACGGAAGCCGUUUAGUUGUUGCCAUCAGUAGUGCUCUUUACUCAUAUAUUUGGGAUGCAAAGCACAAGAUGUUAAAUCCAUGCAGUUUUUGCCCUAUAUUCGAUGUCGGUGGAUACAUUUGUGCUAUUGAAUCAACAGUAGACUCUCAGGUGGCUGUUGCUACAGAGCUUCCUCUUGAAAGGUUAUGUGCAUUAAAUGCCGGCAUCCCAUUUGACGUGCCAGCAACUUCUGAAACCGCACUCUCAGCCCAGCCAGCCUUGCUGCUUAUGGAUGAGGAAUUUUCUCUGGAUGUGGGUCGAAAAUCAACAGAUUCUGGGACUUCGCUAUCCACAGAUUCCCCAAUAACUUCACCUGGGACUCUGGACCUGACACAUAUUUUGAUCAACCACUCCAAAUCUGACCUUAGCCCUCUUCUUAACUUAAAACACAAGGACUACAUAACAGGAAGUGGACAAGACUCCUCUCAUCUGAUCCUUGUGAAUUUCGAGAAGAAAGUGACUUCCACACGGAAGGUCAGCAUUCCCGGGAUUUUAGUCCCGGACAUCUUGGCGUUUGAUCCUGGCGCACAUAUUGUAGCUGUGGCUUCAAACACAUGUAGCCAUGUUCUAGUUUAUUCAUUGACUUCCACAAACAUGCCCAACAUCCAACAAAUCCAGUUAGAGAAGAAUGAGCGGCCUAAGGGAUUGUACUUCCUGACAGAUAAGAUGUUGUUAGUGUUGGUUGGAAGGCAGAAGACGUGCGACCCGGCAUUUCUUCCUUCUUCCAGCUCUGAUAAAUACAUCAUCCGCCUGAUGGUAAAAGAGGUUAUGUUUGAUGAAGACUCUGAUAUUCCAAGUGCACCCUCCAGCUUUGACUCUUCAGCUAUAUUACAUGGAAGGAAGAAGUAUACGGACUGUUUAUAUAAAGAUGAGCAGUCUCCUGCUUGCCGGGAACUUCUGAUCCCUGGAAGUUCCUCAGGACGUCGUUCUUCAACUAAAAAGCAACUCAUAGAAGAGAUUCGAAGUUACAACUGUGAUCAAAGCCCAAUGUCCAGUGCCAGCGACUUUGAGGAAAAAAAGACUCCAAUGACUUUGCACAACUUAGACACCGAACCAAAAAAUAGGUCUGUACUAUUAGGCUUAGAGGCCCAUCGGAAGCCUUCCAGCAGACCUUCAUCUCCAAAACUGCAAUCCCAGGCGUGUAACAACUUGACAAAGAACGCCACCUCAGUGGCUGAUCAUGAUAUACUACAUGUGUCCCGCAAUCUGGAGCGACUUUGCUGCAACAUGUCCAACCUACAACAACGUCUAUCCGAUCUAACAGAUCUAACACAGAAUGGAAGAAAGUCUUAUCUGUCCUAUCCAUCCUGUAGAGAAGCUCCGUAUGUUACCAUUAUAUGCCAGAAGAAUCACUCCGACAGUUCUGUGGUCAGAAAGUCUGUAUUGCUGUGUGACAACAAACUGCGUCUCGGCACCAUCCAAGAGCUUUUCUGUCUGUCAUUGGUGGAAAUGAAGCUGGGGUCCUCUUGUUGGAUCACAUUGACAGCUGAUAAUGAAGGCUUCAUCCCUUUAUCAUUUACGGCCAAUCAGGAACUGUUCAUCAGAGACGCUAGGGGCUUGCCAACAUCUCCAAGGAGCUACGACAGUGUCAGUCCAGCCUUGCCACCCAACAGCGUCACUUAGUGAGCACUCACCACAUGGAGCCAUUACAGUUUACUACAGCGUUUCCCAACCAGUGUGCCUCCAGCUGUUGCAAAACUACAACUCCCAGCAUGCCCGGACAGCCAACGGCUGUCCGGGCAUGCAGGGAGUUGUAGUUUUGCAACAGCUGGAGGCACACUGGUUGGGAAACACUUGUUGACUAUAUGCACUGGACUUGGAGCUUCCCUACCACAUUCCACUGUAAAUAUCUAUUUCCUAUCCUGAAGCAUCUUCAGUGACUUCAGACGGUUGUAAGGACUCCUUAUUGACCUCCGGUGCUGUCGGGAUAGCAUCCCGGGAUUUUGUGCAAUACACGUCCUACAUCUCAAGUCCUCCCUACACCCUGGACCUCCCGGUCAGGUUCACUAUUUAAUCAACAUCAGGUCCAUGGUAUUAUAGGGAAGUUCUGAUUGAAACAAAUCCACAUCCAUGGAUAUUUAUUACAGCGAGCAGACGAUGAGGACAUCGGGGGACAGAUUUCCCUUAAUAUCAUAGUGAAUUGUGUUUCUCACGUGAUUGUACUGGCGCUUGUCAGUGUUUGCAGUAUUUAUUGCUAGAUAUUGAAGUACCGGUCGACGUGCAUGAGGAAUGUAUUUUUGUUAGUGCAUGUCCCUGCACUGAUCGUAUCUAUAGUGUAUGUGCGGCAUAUUAGGCUGGGUUCACAUCACGUUUUUCAACUACGGUUCCCGCAUACGUUUUCUAUCAAAAACCAUAUGGAAAAAAAAAACGGAACAGUAUGGGAAAAAGUAAACCGUAUACGUUUUUCAACCGUAUAGCGUCUUUAAAAGUGCAUACAGUUCCGUCCGUUUUUAUAAAAAAAAAAAACAUACGUUUUUGAAAAUUCGGUCCAUUUUUAAUGGGUGGUGACUAGGGAUCGACCGAUUAUCGGUAUGGCCGAUAUUAUCGGCCGAUAAUCAUGAUUUUGGGCAUUUUCGGUAUCGGCAAUUACCUUGCCGAUAAGCCGAUAAUGCCCUGCCCCCCGCACCGCGAAUCCCACCAUUGCACCAAUCCUCCUAC